UUGCUCUCAGUGUCACGGCUGAUUGCUUUGGAGGUGGGUUUUUUUGUUAAACAUGGCAGGAAACGAGAAAUUUGAUGUGGUCCAUCAAAACGCGAUUCACGUUGAGACGAUCCGGAAGGAGCAAAGAUACCAGAAACUCCACACGGAGUUUAGCAUCAACCCACACCGGAAACCACAUGUCCUGCCAGACAAGCCCAUGUCCAGGAAACCUUCAGAAGUGAUUGUUGAGAACUCGGACUUCAUGGAGGCCUUCCAUAAGGCUCGCCGGGAACCCACCAAGAAAUAUGCAAUGCCACAGACUGAGAGUCAGGAGUUAGGAUGGGUGUCAGCUCCACUGAUUCCAACAAACCCAUAUGACAGGAGAUUCAACUUCCACCGAUUUAGCACAGACGUCACGAUACACAAAGAAUUAGCCCUGCGUGCAUCAAAUUAGCCCAAGAAAGAAAAAAAUGUAAAUCUUCAACAAGUCAGCAACUUAUGUUCAGAUUUAUUUGUUUAUCAUACAAACACACUGGUGUCAACACAGAAAAUGCCCUUUUGCAUAUCCAUGAUAGAACGCUAUGGAAAACACUUGCAUGGGCAGCAUUUGCACAGGUCUAUACAACGCACACUUGCCCAUCACGGAGUAAUCAUAUUAAUGAACAAUAAAGGGCAAAACUAACAGCUGCUCAAUAUUAUAAAAUGUCAUGUCACAUGGGAGAGAAUCAAUGAGUCAAGGAGCUGAGUUAGAAAAAAAUAAAACAGUACACCAAAUUCUCAAGAGCACACAGUGUAAAUUAGACAGGGAAGAGGCUGUUGUAGACACUGAGGUGCCACAAGCAUGUCAUCAAAUCAGCAUAUGGAAAGACAAUUAUGUCCACAGACAAUAAAACUGGUCUAUGUCAACUAAUAAAGACAAGACACUUUUCUAACAUUCAAAUUUUCUCUC